AUGGGAGAAGUGUAUGGCGGGCUAGCUAAUGUACCGUAUGACAGCAAAGAUGUAAGCAACUUCAUGGCUACCAUAGAUGAAGAACAUAAGCACAAGGACAUGUCAAUUUUGCUUGCUCAUUUUGCAAAAAUGAAGAAGGAAGAUCCAGACUUCUACUUCAAUCUACAUACAGACCAUGCUGACAAGGUUGACCGCAUCUUCUGGGUUGAUGGUGCUGCAAUAGCGGCUUACGAAAACUACAGUGACUGCCUCUCAUUUGACAGUACCUACAUGACAAAUGAGUACAACAUGCCGUUUGCUCCUUUCAUAGGUAUCAACCGGUACGGCCAAACUAUACAGCUAGGCUGUGGUUUUCUGAAGAAUGAAAAUGUGGAAAGUUUUGUUUGGUUGUUUGAGGAAUUUCUUGAAGCUAUGGGUGGACUACAACCAGAUAAUUUAAUAACCGACCAAGACGCUGCUAUGAGAACUGCAAUUCUUCAAUGUUUUCCAGAUUGCACACACAGAAACUGUAGGUGGCACAUCAUGCAAAAUGCACAGGCUGUGUUGGGUAAUUUCUUGUCUAAACAUGAGGACCUAAGGCAGGAACUGAAUGAAGUAAUAGACUACAGCAUGUCAAUUGAAGAGUUUGAAAUGAGGUGGGCAGAGAUGAUUAUGAAACGCAAUGUAUCUGACAACACUCAUCUGGGUGAUCUAUAUCAUCUUAGAGCCACAUUUGUCCCAGCAUAUUUCAAGGAACGGUUCUUCCCUUUCCUACAAACUACUGCUAGGAGUGAGGGGUUCAAUGCAGUGUUGAAAAGAUAUAUUAGCCCACACAACAGCCUACACAAUUUUUUCGAACAAUACUUGAAGUUGCAAGAGAAAAUUGAUGUUGCAGAGGAUUCAGCUGAAUUUAAGGAUGAAGACAAGAUUUUCAGGCUGUGGGGUGAUUAUCCAUUAGAACAACAAGCUUUGGAUGCGUAUACGCACCCCAUCUACCUGCGUUUCCGAGCAGAACUACGGAAAGUUAUGUCCUACAAUGUCCAACAUGUUGAUGGCCAAAAUUAUGAUGUUAUGCCAAUUAAACAAUAUGUUUACGGAUAUGGUAAGAACAGAUAUAGGGUUGAGGCUAACAUGGAGACUGAAACUUACAACUGCGAGUGUUGCAAGUUUAGCAAAGAUGGUUUGCUAUGUUGCCAUGUAUUUAGAGUUAUGAUACAGUUGGGUGCUACUGAGUAUAUUCCAGAAAAGUACAUACUACGAAGGUGGAGAAUGCUUGAAGAUACAAUAGUUGAGGAGAAGAUGGAAUUGCCCAAAGUCCCAUCAGAAAGGAAGCCAACUAACAAAGAGAGGCAGCUUAUACGUUAUGGUACUCUGUGUAAUGAGUACACUAGAGUCGCUAAAAUUGCAUCAACUUCUGAUAAAGCGAAGGCAGUAGCAGACAAAUACAUGCUAGCUUUGGAGAAAGAUUUGUUAGCAAUGAAAGCUGCAGAGUCUGCAAAGCGGAAAAAUAAAAAGAAAGGUAAUGCAACUCAAGAUGAGGCACCAGAUGUAGGGAAUGUUGAUCAUUCUGGGCAAGGUAGCUCUACAAAAUUUGAUCAUGUUGAAGAUCCAGAGUAUGUUUCAAAACAAGGUCGACCAACAGAAAAAAGGAAACAAUCAGGGUUGCAUUUGAAGGCUUCUAAACCUGUGAAGUGCACUCUCUGCGGGUCUAGUCAGCACACUGCAGCUACAUGCAAAGACAAGAUAACCACAGUACCGGAGCAAACAGAAAUAGACUUCUUCCGUAACAUGGUCUAG